AUCCAAUGGUAUUAAUCGGUUAUUUUCAUUUCUCGGAGGUAACUGAUCGUAGGCAACAACACUUCCAGGUUCCCACAAUUUCAAGUGUAGGGUUAACAGUAUGAUUUAUCCGACGCCAUUGCCCAAUGGAGGAUCCUUCAACGUUUCCCACUAACGAAGAAUGGAUAAACGUUGUUGAUAACUUUUUUUAAACUUUGUUUUCUGAUAAUACCGUUUUUGGUGUAUAGCGUCCGAAUCGAAGUGCCUAAGAGGAAUAAUAGAAAAGGCUAGAUUAAACCAACAAAUACCCAGUCAUAAUCUAUGAGCUAAAAGACACGAGCGGAGGAAGGGAGUGAGAACAUAAAGAUUAGAAUUAGCGAAAAGCCAUCUUUGUUUAAGAAUGCAUAAUCCUUUGGAACGGGGUAAUAUGUUGAUGUUGUUGUCGAUGCUGUUGAGUGCAAAUAAUUAUAAUAUCCGAAUAUCGUGGGUAUCAUAUGUUUUGAAAAGAAGUCGAAUCAAGUGUGAAAGAGAUUUAUUUUCUUUUAUUCUAUCAUCAGCAUCAAUAUCUCAAUUCUAUAUUUCUUUGGGUUCUUUUUUGGGUUUCCUGAUUUGUUUGGAGUUUAAUGUUUAUCGAAAAGCUAAUCAGCCUCGUACUGUCGUACAUACGGUUUGUGUUUUUAAUGUAUUCGUUGAUUAAUUGCUUUGACCGAAUCAGUUGUGUUGAGAGUAGAAAUGCUUUUGGGACUGUGGUAAAUACUGUCGGUUUUUUCUUUAUCUUCUCGGAACCAAACAAGGCCUCGAUGAUUUUUAAUCAAAGCAUUAUUUUUCUAAGAUCUUAUAAAUUUGAUUUUCGAUUUUGCGAAUGAUUUUAUUUUAAAUUAAAUCAGGGCAUGACCAUGAUUCAUUAUUUGUAUAUGAGAGCGAACGAAGAGAUCCUUUGAUGUUUCGUAUAGAUUUCAUUAUUCUCACGUCAGCCAUCUUAUAGGGUUCUUCACUCUUUCAACUUUGUGGAUCGUUUCGAUGAGGGUUGGGAGUGUUUCUUUUGGCCUUUCCGCUUAGUAGUGGCAGGUUUUACCUCGUUUUGACUAUUUAGGUCGCUAAUUUUGCCAUACUAGUAUCUUGGUCGCCGGAUUUUCUUCAAUUUCAAUGUGUGCGUUACAUUUGUUAGCCCCAAUUCCAGGUUUCAUGUAACAAAGGUGGAGUUUUUCAUUCCCAUCUUUGUUUCUUUUGGUUUAGUGGUGAUCUUGACGGGGAGUUGUGGGGAUGUCUUUUGAAUUUUGAUUUAAUAUACGGUGCUUUCAAGGCAUUGGUUGAGAUAAGCUAGUUGCUGGAGCAGGAGUAAUUCUAGUAUUUCUUUUUUUUCCUCUCUUUUAAGAGUUGGUUUUACUCUCUAAUUCAUCAUAUUUGGAGAAAUCUGCUAUGCGUACAUGAUGUUCAAUGCUCAGGGCCCUUCAAAAAAAUCUAGUCUCCUUGCCAUCCUCAGUGGAAAUUCAUGUGACAAUAAACAAAAGCAUAGACAGUAUGAUUUUCAGGAUCAAUCUCCAUACCCCAUUCCAGAGCUUACUUCAUAUGGGCGUCUUGAGGUUAAUGUUUUGAUCAAACCAACUGCUGAUGAACUUCAUCGAGUUUAUGAAGCAUUGGAGCCAAAGUUUGUUUACCUGCAAGGCGAGCAGCUAGAAGAUAAUGAACAAAUUGGGUCCCUACUAUGGGAAGAUGUUGAUCUGUCUUGCCCAGAAGCCUUAUGUGGUUUAUUUUCUUCCAAAUUACCCAAUACUGUUUAUUUGGAAACUCCUAAAGGAGAAAAUUUGGCAGAGGCUCUCCAUUCUAAGGGAAUUCCUUACACUAUAUAUUGGAAAAGCGAAUUUUCAAAGUAUGCUGCAUCACAUUUUCGUCAAGCCUUUUUCUCAGUGGCACAAAGUACCUCCAGCCAUACAUGGGAUGCUUUCCAGCUUGCUCUUGCAUCUUUCAGAUUAUACUGUACAGAAAACAAUGUCUCACCUUCAAACAGCAUGAAGAGCAGAAGCAAGCUUGAGCCGCAGAUGUUUGGUGACCCUCCUCACAUUGAUAUUACUCCUUUUGAAGCAGACAUGAGUGGGGAAGAAAACUCACCUGAGACUAUUUCUGCUCUGAAGAUUUAUGAUGAUGAUGUCAACAUGAGAGUUCUUCUGUGUGGAGUUCCCUGCAUGCUGGAGACUUGCUUAUUGGGAUCAUUGGAGGACGGACUCAAUGCUCUCCUGUGUACAGAAAUACGUGGAUGUAAACUUCACAACCGGACAAGUGCUCCACCACCUCCUCUUCAGGCAGGGACAUUCUCACGUGGUGUGGUGACCAUGCGUUGUGAUAUAUCCACAUGUAGUUCUGCUCAUAUAUCACUCUUGGUGUCUGGUAGCGCAGAUACAUGCUUUAAUGAUCAGGCAAGGCUUUUGGAGAACUAUAUAAAAAAGGAGCUGAUUGAGAAGAGUCAACUAGUUCAGGCAUCACCUAAUUGUGAACAAAGCAACUUACCUUCCUCCGAGCCUCGAAGGUCAGCCUCGAUAGCUUCUGGGGCUAGUGUAUUUGAAGUUUGCUUGCAGGUCCCUACAUGGGCUUCACUGGUUCUGAGACAGCUUGCACCAGAAGUGUCGUACCGCAGCCUGGUUAUGCUGGGAGUAGCCAGUGUUCAAGGAUUGCCUGUUGCAUCAUUUAAAAAAGUUGAUGCGGAACGUCUCCUUUACUUUUGUUCAAGGCAGUCAGAAAAAAAUUGCCUUAAUGACUCCAUUUCUGUUGGGCAUCCUAGUUGGCUGAUACCUCCACCACCUACUCGAAAAAGAACAGAGCCUUUCUUUGGAAUAAAGUCUUUCAAUUCUUGUAGCCUUCAAGACAGUUAUAGUGGUAACAAUAGACAGAAAUUGAACAUUGCUGCAAUGAGACCAAUCCCUCAAUCACAUCGUCAGAAGAUUCAACCUUUUUCUGGAUUGUCUGAGGGGGAGAGGUUUGAUGGAGAACGUGGAAAAUCAAAUCUGCCAAUGGCUCCAACAAAGCAUAAUGGUAUAGGCUCUAAUCCAGUCACAAAUAGGAAAUCUUCGUCAACUUCCUUUCAGGCUCAGCAGAUCGUCACAUUAAAUCCACUACCAAUGAAGAAGCAUGGUUGUGACAGAGCUCCAAUACGGACCUGUUCAGAGGAGGAAUUCUUGAGGGAUGUAAUGCAGUUUCUUAUCCUUCGUGGGCAUUCUCGGCUAAUUCCACAGGGUGGUCUUUCUGAAUUCCCUGAAGCCAUUCUGAAUGCUAAACGCCUAGAUCUUUUUAACUUGUACAGAGAGGUGGUAUCUAGAGGAGGGUUUCAUGUUGGGAAUGGCAUCAAUUGGAAAGGGCAAGUUUUCUCAAAGAUGCGAAAUCACACUUUGACUAAUAGAAUGACAGGUGUUGGCAAUACACUUAAAAGACAUUAUGAAACUUAUCUUCUAGAGUAUGAACUGGCUCAUGAUGACGUAGACGGAGAGUGCUGCUUGUUGUGCCGCAGUAGCGCAGCUGGUGAUUGGGUGAAUUGUGGGAUAUGCGGUGAGUGGGCUCACUUUGGCUGUGAUAGGCGUCAAGGACUUGGCGCAUUUAAGGACUAUGCUAAAACUGAUGGGCUAGAGUACGUUUGCCCACAUUGCAGCAUCUCAAAUUUCAGAAAGAAAUCCCAGAAAACUUCAAACGGAUAUUAACGGGCCAAGAGUGCUUCUCUUCUCCGAGAAUCUUAUCUCUCUCAUAAACACACACUCAAUUGAUGAGGCGGGUUUUCACGAAUGUAAUUAUUUUUUUAUCGUUUACCCAUUGCGCAUAUUAUGGUCAGACAGGGCAGCCAAAGUUUUUGAGCAUCACUAGUAUGUAGAGAAAGAAAGCCUUGAAUAGGAUUGUAGCAUGAGUAUUUUUCCUCAACUGAAUUGAUUUAGUUACUUAUUUAGAUGUAAAGAAUGUUGAUAUACUUCAUUUAGUGAAGUUAUUGAUUUAGUUCUCUUUCGACAUCAUUGUCAUGCUGCAAUUUUCGAAGGCUCAAAGGUUUGCCAAGUUUGCCUGGAUUUCGAACUAAUCAUUCUUGUCUUGUAACCCUGAGUAUAAUUAAUGUUCAUUCCAUAUUUGUCA